UCUAGAGGAUGAAUUCAAUUGUUAUUACUGUUGAUCGGUUUGAGAUGGAAAAAGUGGCUCAGUCCAUCAAGGAUUCAUGAUCUUUUACUUCUGUGUGAUCAUACUUGAUAAAAUGAUAGUAACGAAGCAGUAUCGUUGUAUACACUCUUCAAGUUGUGUUUGCACUAAAGGGCAUCUGAAUGAAGAUGUAAUCUUCCUAGUUUUUCAACAUCUCAAUUGGAACCCUAGGUUGAUUGCCAUACUCUCUUGUGUCUGCAAGUGGUUUGAUGAAAUUGCAAAGCAGGUCCUAUGGAAAGAAUUCUGCCGAACGCGAGCCCCCAAGAUGAUGCUUGAUCUGCAAUCUAGCGGUAGUCACAGUGUGGAUGGGACCUGGAAUGCACUCGGGAAGCUGCUCAUUCAUUGCUCAGGUUGCAGCAAGGGUGGAUUGUUUAAUAACAGCAUUCAGAUCCCUGGCCACUUUGUUUACAGGACCCGGUUUUCUAGAACUUCAGGGAAAAGUUUUCUUUUACCCCAGUGCCGAAAUGAUGUUUUGUAUGUUUCUGAUCCUUGUGAACACCUCGAUCAGGGAGAGGAUGGUGAUGUGGGAUUCUUCCGGGGAGUUUUUAAGUCCUUUUCUGUAUCAAGGGUUAGGAAUAUGUUGAUUGCUAUGGAGGCCAAAUUCCAUCCAACAGAGGUGUGCCCAUAUUGCAAAGCAAAGUUGUGGAGCAUGCUACAAGCUAAGAUGAUACCAAGGAGCGCAUGCAGCAGGUUGGGUUCUUAUGAUGAUAGCAUCGAGUAUUAUGUGUGCCUCAAUGGGCAUAUGCUUGGGAUCUGCACUCUUCUGCCCCUAUCAGAUUCUGAGGAGGCAUUUGAGUUCGAGUGAUGGUACGACUUGGAUCUGGGUACGCUUGUACUUGCCAUGGAUCUUAGUUGGCCUUAAGCAAGAGAAAACUGUAACAGAGUGUUCUGGCAGCUUCUCCAUAACAUGGCACAGGGUCAUCAAUCACGCUCCAACCUUUGCAUAUGUUGUUUCUCAAUCUUCUUCGACAAACCUAACUCUUAAAAUCAAGGGGUCAGUUGUUGCUGCUGACCUGUUUUCGCCAUCAACUAUUUAUACAGUUGCUGUAAACUAUGUAAUCUUGUGUACAUAUUAUGCCUACAUGUGUAUUUGAAUGGCAGUAGUUAUCUGUAUUAAUUCAAAACCAGUU